CCCUGCUAAAGUAAGCUCAGUCCAGCGGAGUCAGCUGAGCCUAGUCCAGCAGAGUCCAACAGAGCUGAAUCCAGCUGAGCAGAGCCCAGCCAGCAGGGAGCAAGGCGUGGAAUACCCAUGGAUCUGGUGGCACAGGAACUGCUUCUCAUGUGCCUGAUGCUGCUCCUGCUCUGCAGAGAGCCGGGUGUGAGCGCCCAGGCGGGUCAGGAAUUCCGUCUGCAGCAGCCCCAGGCCAAGGUGACGGUGGAAGCGGGGGAGACGCUCACCCUGAACUGCACCACAUCUGGACUCGCUGGACCUGGUCCUGUGAUGUGGCUGAAGGGCUGGGGCCGUGUGAACAAGACUGUCUAUGACCAGGAGAAGCAGGAUCCCUCCUCCCGUGUGACGAGAGCAGUGGAUAAGUCUGACACAGACUUCACCAUCCACAUCAGGAACGUUCAGCCCGAGGACAUGGGCACCUACUACUGUGUGAAGUUUGUCAAGGGGAACACUGGUGAUGAUGAGGUGUUUCAGCAUGGCCGUGGCACAGAGGUGUCUGUGCAAGCCAAACCCAGCCCCCCGCUCGUGUCCGGGCCUGAGCAGAGAGCGAGGCCGGGGCAGUCGGUGCCUUUCACCUGCACGACUGGAGGGUUCUUUCCUGGAGAGACUGGGGUGAAAUGGUUCAAGAACGAGAACCCCAUGGCAGGUCAGCCGCCCCAGAUCGCCAAAUGGAGGAUGAACACCUACAACAUGUCCAGCAGAGCGACGGUGACCCUGCAGAAGGAUGACGUCCUCUCUCAGCUCCUCUGCGAGGUGCAGCACUCCACGCUGCCGUCCCCGCUGCGUGGCAGCUACCGGCUCAGCAGAGUCCUGCGAGUUCCCCCCAGCAUCGAAGUGCGCGCUGAGCCAAGCCCCAUUGAGGUGAACAAGACCGUGACCUUCACCUGCCUUGUGAAGGAGUUUUACCCAGCAGAUGUCUCCGUUUCCUGGCUGGAGAAUGGGAUUGAGAUAAAGGUGGAGAACGUCUCCCGGCCAUCGGAGCUGCCCCAGCGUUUGUUUGAGCUGAGAAGCCAGGUGGAGGUGCAAGCCAGCGAGGAGAAAAACGGGUCCACAAUCACCUGCAUGGUGGUGCACGAUGCCCAGGCCCCUGCCGGCAACUCAACCUUCCUGUGGAUCUCCAACCCGGCCCAAGGGACAUUGAGCAACGGGUUGCAGAUGGCAAAAGGUGACAACCUUCUGUCCAGCCUCGUCCUCCUGUGGAUGGCUAUCCUGCUGGAGAAGGGGCUCCUCGGCGGGCUUCUCUUCUUCCUCUUCAAGCGCAUGAAGAGAAAGGCAUUGGAGAUGUUGUCCUGUCCCGCUCCACCUCAGUCCCCAGCUCCUGGAGCCGCGUCUCAGGGCUUGGCCACUGCCAGCAGCGAUGUGUGAACCUGGAAAUAAAGGAACCGGGAGGCA